AUGUCAUCGUCGUUCCCCAGCUGCGAUGAACGAUCGGUUGCAUCUGCUCUUCUUCUGCUCCAAACCACUUCGCCGAUUCUUUCCUUCUCCACUCCAAAGUCAAGCUCUGAUUCCAAAUAUUCGGUUCCAGAAGGAAGCAGAAGCAGAAGCAAGAGCCUUAGAGAUCGCUCGGUUUCGUGUGCUUCCGAUAGGAUUUUAGCUUCGGCUUCUUCGGUCACAAACGACAAUGGCGUUUCCUCCGGAGAAGAGGAAGAGGAGAAGCCGAUCAAACCGCGUUGCGUUUCGUUCCUCUCAGCCACCGCUCGUUACCAUCAGAUGAAGUUUAAGAUUGUGAGGAAGAUCCGAUCGAAGGUCAUUUGGACAGCAUCAUGCUCCGGCCACCGGAAACCAAAGGCCAGUACGGCUUCGGAAGUAUCCUCCGGUUCUCUCUCUGGUGACGCCUCGUCGAGUUUGUCCAGCAGCUCGAGCGCACGAAGCUUGCGCUACGCUAACAGAGUCAGAAGCAAAAGUGUGAGGGUCGCUGCGAUUAGACACGAGGAGGAGCCGCCGCCGCAGCAGCAGCAGCAGCUGAAGCGCGAGAAGAACGCCCGGGGUUCGCCGCACCUUCGCCGGCGAGGGGAAGCAAUAUUGAAGCUUCUCACUGUCGGCGGUUGCUCGGAAUUGAGGAUCCGUCAGAUGCUCGGUGACAGCCCUGACACAAGCAAAGCUCUUCGAAUGUGA